CAGCCCAACCCCUGACCUGGUCCCUGACUGCCUCAUGCUCCAAUUUCCCCAUUUCCCAUUGAGGAUGGAACAUGACUCAUUCCAAGCAGUGCAGGAUUGUGGUAAGAGAACUCAUCAAGAUUUUGCUGGCAUUUCCCAGGAGGCCUUAAGUCAUGAAAAACAAGCCAAAAAAGAGAACCCCAUGAAUGGGAACACAGGAGAAGAACAACAGAGAAUGAAGCGGGAUCACAGGCAAACGGGCUACUGGCUGCUUUUCAUACUAAAAGCUCCAGGCAACGCUGUCUGGCUGAGAUAUGCCCUCAGUUACUCUAAAGGGUUCUUGGGUAGGACGACCUUGGUAUGAGGGUCAAGAUGUCAGCUCAACAGAGGGAGGCAUCCGGGGCUUGGCAGAACCCAAUGUGAGGACUGCAUACAAUACCCGCAGCCACCUCUGCUCGGAAACAGAGCCAGACAAGUGCCCGCCACUGCUGGUUGCCCUGGGUGACCUCAGGGCAGGGGUCACCAGAAGUCACGCCCCCUGACUUCCGCCUCCCGAGAGCCAGGCUGAGAGUGCUUCGAUCUGAGGUGCGGACUCCACUCAGCAGCCAGAGGAGCCACAGGUGCCAUCCGGUAUCAGGUGGUGAAUCUCAUUGCCCAUCCUCCUGUCUACCUACUGCCAUCCACAAGAGUCAUCAUGCCUCGGCAUCAGAAGCACGGUCAAUGCCGUAAGACCUUCAAUAAGUCCCACGGUUGGGAGGUUACGCAGGUAUCCAGGACACUGAAGAAGACCAAUAUACCCUCCCAAUCUCUAAUGCCUGGUGAUUUUCCCAGUACUUCUGAGAGUUGUCAGAAUUUCUACUCAUCUGUUGCAACCACCACCACCACCUUAUUGAUCAAAUCAGAUGAGUUUUCCCCUAGCCAAAAUGUAGAUUAUAGUCUAAGCACCUCACAGGCUAUGUCAUACCCUGUGAGUAUGCCCAGAGAUCCUCUAAAUGAAGAAGUGGCUUUGUUGGUGAAUUUCUUGCUGCUCAAGUAUCAAAUGAAACAGCCAGUAACAAAAGCUGAUAUGGUGAAGGUUUUCAUCUACAAGUGUGAAGUCCAUUUCCCUGAUAUCCUCCAGAGAGCCUCUGAGUGCAUAGGAAUUCUCUUUGGCCUUGAUCUGAAGGAAGUGGAUCCCUUCAACCACUGCUAUGUCCUUUUAAUUUAAUUGGGCCUCACCUAUGAUGGCAUGAUGCACGGUGAAGCAGGCGUGCCCAAGACUGGCAUCUUGACACUUAUCCUGGCUGUGAUCUUCAUGAAGGGCAACUGUGCCACCGAAGAAGAAGUCUUGGAGGUUCUGAAUGUUACCAGGAUGUGUUCUGGAAGGAAGUACUUCUUCUUUGGAGAGCUCAAGCAGCUCCUCAGAGAUUUCGUGAGGGAAGGAUACCUAGAGUUCCAGCACGUGGUCAAUGCUGAUCGUUGGCAAUCUGAGUUCCUGUGGGGCCCCAGAGCUUAUGCUGAAACCACCAAGAUGAAGAUCCUGGAGUUUCUGGCCAAGGUUAAUGGGACUGACUCAAGUUCUUUCCCAUCUCAGUAUGAGGAGGCUUUGGAAGAUGAAAAAGAGAAAGCUCAGGCCAGAGUUUCAGCCAAUUGUCUCUGCUACUACCGGUUCUUGUAUUCAGACUAGCAGCUUCUUCCCCAACUAGGGGAGUCAAGGAUAGUUUCUUCAUGCAUUGUUCAAAGAGGCAGUUAGUGUUCAUAAAAUUUAGGUCUGAGGUGGGACUGAAAAUAAGAUAGUAUGCAUGCCUAUGUGUCACCAUUUUGUAUAUGUAACUCAAGAAUUUUUUCUGUGUAUUAUUCAAAUAUUGUUUCUUUUAAUAUAUAUUUAGUUGCCUUCAUAAUCUUCAAGUUUGUGAAUAAUGUUGGUUACGGACUUAAUCUUACAAUGAGACUUAAUAGUAAGAAUUUUAUAAAACAGAUUGUAAAACCAUCCGUCAUCUGUAACAAUAUAACAUGGCAUUACUAUAGGCAUUUACUGGAAAUGUGAAGGAAAUCAGUAUUAAAAUAGUUGAGUUCAAUAAACAGAGAACAUGUAAAAGAAUUUCAAUCCAUGGCCCUCAUAUCUUUUAUUAAAUUAAAAAUGCUUGAAUUUGCUAACAUGCUUAUAAAAUUAUAAGAAAUAAAGUUCAAUCAAUUAGA